GAGCGGGUGGGUGCCUGGGGGGUGCGUGGGUGAGCGGCCCCCCCGAGCCCCCGGUCCCCCCUGGGAACUGCACCCCCCUUGGGGUCACCCCUCCCUUGCCACCCACUCCCUGCUUUGGGGUCACCCCUUCUCUGCUUGCAGCCCCCUUUCUGCUUCGCGUCCCCGUGCCGCCGGUGGGAUGUCCCUUUAACUGCCCAGCUGCCACCUCUGGGUGCUUAAUUGGCAGGGGUUAAUUAGGAGCCAGCACUGGGGCAUCUUCCUCUCUCCCAGCUGGGCUGCAGGGCUGGGUUCCUGUGGGGCGAUGCAGGACGGGCUGGCUGGUGGCAGGGGGUGACACUGGGACAACUGGGGGUCCCAGAGCAGGUCUGGGUCCGUGCACGAAGCACGAGGCUCCCUAGAAGAUGGGUGACUGGGGGUUCCUGGAGAAACUUCUGGACCAAGUCCAGGAGCACUCGACGGUGAUCGGGAAGAUCUGGCUCACCGUGCUCUUCAUCUUCCGCAUCCUCAUCCUGGGCUUGGCCGGCGAGUCCGUGUGGGGGGACGAGCAGUCGGAUUUCGUGUGUAACACCAAGCAGCCCGGCUGCACCAACGUCUGCUACGACAAAGCCUUCCCCAUCUCCCACAUCCGCUACUGGGUGCUCCAGUUCCUCUUCGUCAGCACCCCAACCCUCAUCUACCUCGGCCACGUCGUCUAUCUGUCCCGGAAGGAGGAGAAGCUGAAGCAGCAGGAGAGCGAGCUGCGGGCUAUCCACAGCAAGGACCCGAAGAUCGAGCAGGCCCUGGCAGCCGUGGAGAAGAAGAUGUCCAAGAUCUACGUGACAGAGGACGGGCGGCUCAAGAUCCAAGGGGCGCUGAUGUGGACGUACAUCGUCAGCGUCAUCUGCAAGAGCAUUUUUGAGGCUGGCUUCCUUGUCGGGCAGUGGUACCUCUACGGCUUCUCCAUGGUGCCCCGCUAUGUGUGCAAGAGGGACCCCUGCCCGCACCAGGUCGACUGCUUCAUCUCCCGCCCCACCGAGAAGAGCAUCUUCAUCAUCUUCAUGUUGGUGAUGGGCCUGAUCUCCCUGGUCCUGAACCUCCUGGAGCUCUUCCACCUGUGCUGCAAGCACCUCUUCAGCACCAUCAAGAAGGUAUCGGUGCCAGCUGGCCCCAGCCGGGACACCUUUGCCGACGACCUGGCGUCAGGUCCGUACCCACCCAAGCACUACCCGUUCCUGCCCAUGGCCGGCAGCCACACGCCGCCCUUCCAGGCCUACAACAAGCUCUCCAGCGAGCAGAACUGGGCCAACUUCCACAACGAGGAGAACCUGGCGCUCAGCAGCCCCAGGGCCCUCUCGGACCCCUACACCCCCAAGGCUCCCGAAGCCCCAGCCCUGGAGGAGAAGCUGUGCAGCCGGCCUGGGAGCUCAGCCUCCAAAAAGCAGUACGUUUAGUGCCGGGCUGGCCCUGGCGGGUUGGGGACUACCUGUGGUCCCCAGCUGAGCCCUGCUCCGGAGGAUGUGGCUGCCCACCUUUGGGACCCGAUGCUCGUGAACUCGGCUGGGUGCUCCCCGGCCCCUGAGCAGAGCCUCUGCUCUCUGUUUUCCCCAUGUACGCUGCGAGGAAGGAAACCACGCGGAAACUUCGGGCUGUGCUGGGACGGCGUGUCCCCGGUGGAGGGCUAGCUCCUGCCGUGGGAAAGGGAGCAAAUCCCUGGGGAUGGGAUGGGAUGGGGGCCACGGACUGUCCCCAGGGCUGUGCCUGGGGGUCUCCUUCCCCCAAACUGCCCCACGGGACUCAACAGACCCCCCUGGCAGUGCAGGAGUGAGUGCACAGCCGUGGGAAGCCGCUCGUGCUGGCCAUCAGCCGUGUCCUCUUCCUGUGACCCCUGGCAGAAACCCAGAGCUGCCAGCGUCUCGUGGGGGGGUUUUGCUGCAGGAGCUGCCCCCAUCCCCAUGGACCGUGGUGGGGUUAACCCUGUGCAGCUCCAUGUUGUCACCCUGAGCACCCCAGGAUUGUGAACCCCCCCCAUGUCCUGUCCCCGGACCCUUUCCCACGUGAUGUCUCUAAGUUAUUUUUAACCCGCUGGCCCCAGCACGGAGCUCUCUGCCUUACGGGUGCAGCCGUGCAGGGGAGUUGUGUCCAGCCCGGUGGUUCUGGGGGAGGAAUAAUUAGCCUGGCAGUCUCUGGUUUGGGGGGUUCCUGUUUUAAUUACUUUGCACUAGUUAUCUCCUGCUGUGGGCUGGCGGGGGCAGAGGGACUGACCGCUGCCAUGUGAGCGCUUGUCCCGGCUCUCCCAGCCCAGCAAAGCUGUGACAUGAGCAGGUGCUGCAGGCUCCUGCCCCUCCUGGUGCUCAGGACCAGGGUGUGAGCACAGGAUAAGGGCAUCGCUCCUCUGUUCUCUUUCCUUUCCCCCCCUGCCCGGCUUGGAGUGUUGCGUCUUGCUGAAUAAAGUUGGAUGAAUGAAAACGUG